AUGAGAGGCUUUGUAGUGUUAAGUUGCUUCCUGGUGUUGUGCGCCGCCGUCGACUACGAAGCUGACAGGAAAUUACUGAUCGACGUCAGUCUAAGAAGAAGCAUAGGGUACGAACUACAGCUCACUCCAAAUGAAAUCGAGGCAGACGACAUAUUUUUGAGUUUAAAAUACGCGGAGCUGGAUGAAGGUUUCGUAAAUCCAAAAAAAUUUCUGGUCGCCCAACACUUCUACGAAGUCAGGCAUAACAUUACCGAAUCUGAGGUAUUCAAAUUCAUCAAAAAGGUUCCGAAGGGUACCGCGUUACACGCGCACGACCUAUUUAUGGUUUCCGGUGACUUUUUCUUUAACAUGACGUAUAAAUAUGCGGACAACUUAUACGUUCUCGAUAAUCCUCCGAACGACAUACGAGUGGGAUUCUUCAAUGCCGGCGAGCAGCCGAGCUCAUGGGUCUUGAUUUCGAGCGCCAGAGAGAACAGUUCCACAUUCGAUGUCCGAUUAAGAAGUCAACUCACCUUGGUGGUUUGGAAUCCGAAGCUCGUUUACAACGACACGGAUGACGUCUGGAAUAGAUUCAGAAGUACCUUUCCCAGCACCAUUCCGCUGAUCACCUACCAGCCGAUUUUCAAGGACUGCUUCUACCAGGCCUUAAAAGAACUCUACGAGGACAACGUCAAGUAUUUGGAGUUUAGGGGUUUGUUUCCACAGCUCUACGACUUGAACAAUACCGCGUACGACAAAGACACACUCAUGCAGCUCUACAUCGACACGACGCAGGAAUUUAUCAACGACUUUCCUGAUUUUUGGGGAACCAGAUUCAUUUACGGACCGAGCAGGAACGUUAAUCAGUCCGUGGUUCAGCAAUACAUAGACGACUUCUUAGAACUACAAGCUAAGUUUCCCGAUUUUGUGGUGGGAUUCGAUUUGACCGACCAGGAAGAUAAAGGUCGUCCGCUAGCAGAUUUCAUACCGCAACUUCAACAGCUCCAAAACAAAACCAACUUCUUUUUCCACGCGGGCGAGAGCGAUUGGUUCGGCGAACCCACCGACGAAAAUCUUUUUGACGCCAUUUUGCUCGGCACAAAAAGGAUCGGACACGGGUUUGCACUUAUAAAGUACACACUCUUGAUGGAGAUGGUAAAGGAAAAAGGGAUAGCUAUCGAGCUAAGUCCGAUCUCCAAUUUGAUCGGGAUCUUGGUGAACGAGGCUAGAAAUCAUCCGGGCACUUACUACAUUGCCAACAAUCUUCCAGUUGUUAUUUGUCAUGACGAUCCGACCAUCUGGGGCACUAAAGGUGUUAACUACGAUUGGUACGUGGCGUUCAUGGGGAUGACCCACAGAGACAACGGCUUGGGCACUUUGAAACAGUUAGCUAUAAACUCCAUUCAAUAUAGCGCGAUGACGGAUGAUCAAAAAUCGGUGGCCAUGAACAAAUGGCAAGCGGACUGGGAUCAGUUUAUCCAAGAAGUCUUGGCAGAGGAUAACCAACUUGUUAUAGUUUAA